ACGAGGCCUACAUGUGCCGAGUCAUACACCAGCAAUAAAUUUAAGAGCAGGCGCCUUCAAGUCUUUGCGCUUGCUCCAAAGACGUAAGAAAGACUUGAGCGAGUGAUUUUCAAUUGUCUUUUACACAAAAGAAACGACGACUCGUCUUAACUACAAACCUUUAUACCUACAGAAAAGAUCCUCACCACUCCUGUUGUUGGAGCGAAGGAACUGGUACCUAACGGUAGACGUAUACCUCUGAACCUCAGAUUGACCUCUUGCUAUACAAGCGGUCAAGAGAAGUUCACGAACAGCUUUUCACAAGUAUUGUUAUCACCAAGUAACAAUAUCGUCACAAGUGACUUUGGAACUUCAGAUCCACCAGCUCACCACCCACCCCGUUGCCCAAAAUGGCCAACGCCACCAACCCCUCCAGCUAUUACGAGCCGGAGAUGACCCAAGUCAAAAACUACGGCACCACCACCCUCGUCACCGCCGAGCACACCACCUCCAACACCAGCGGCGCCGACGCUGCUCCCAACAAUGCCAUCCUCAACAACAUCGACGAACCCGACCUCGUCGCCCUCGGCAUCCAAAAGCUCGAAGCGCAAAACGUGCACUGGUACUCGUACCUUUUGACCUACGACUUCUGGGUGGUCGUCCUCAUCGGGCAAAUCCUCUCUCUCUGCAUCACGGCAACCAACACCUUCUCCUCUUUCCUCAGCAUACAGGGUACUUCGAUCCCCGCCAUCCAAACCAUCUUCGUCUACGCCCUAAUCUUCCUCGUCUACUUCCCGACUGCGCUCUACAAAACCGGCGGGCCCAAAAACUUCUUCAAGCAAACCUGGCGUCACAUCUGGAAGUACAUCAUCCUGUCCUUCCUCGACGUCGAGGGAAACUAUUUCACCGUCCUAGCCUACCGCUACACCAAUCUUUUGUCCGCCCAACUCCUCAACUUCUGGUCCAUCGUCUGCGUCGUCGUCAUCUCCUUUGCCUUACUCAAAGUGCGCUACAAAUGGUUUCAGAUCGGCGGCAUCCUGAUCUGCUGCGGCGGCAUGGGCAUCCUGUUAGCCUCGGACCACAUCACCGGUUCCAACGGUGGUCCGGGGGUGAACAUGCUCAAGGGCGACCUUUUUGGUUUACUGGGCGCCACCCUGUACGGCGUCUCCAACGUCUACGAAGAGUGGUUCGUUUCCAAACGGCCCGUCUACGAAGUUUUGAGUUUCCUGGGCUUUUUCGGCGUCAUUAUCAACGGCGUGCAGGCAGCUAUUUUCGACCGACAGGCUGCUACGGACGCUACUUGGAACGGGCCCGUCGCCGGCUGGCUCGUGGGCUACACCUUCGCCAUGCUGAUCUUCUACUCCCUUGCUCCCCUCAUCCUGAGGAUGGGUAGCGCGGCGUUCUUUGAUAUUUCCCUCCUGACAGCCAACUUCUGGGGCGUGAUUGUGGGUGUCAAGGUGUUUGGGUACGUGAUCCACUUCAUGUACCCGAUUGCUUUUGUGUGUAUCAUUAUUGGGUUGGUGGUGUAUUUCCUGGCGGGAAGCGUGUUGGGAGAUAGCAAAAAGCCGUGGCUGGGGGCGGAUCAGAGUGAGGGCGUGGCGGGUAUGGGGACGGCCAAGUUGAAGGCGUUGAAUGCGGCGAGACAGCAGGCUUUGGCUGAUGGUGAGGCUGGGGCGAGGGUUUGAGUGGGUGUUUGGGGUGCGUGUGUGUGUGAGGGAAAGGGAAUGGAGAUGAGGAUGAGGGAGGAGUGACCGUGUUGGAUCUCGGCGGGAGCUAUGGUUGUUGUUGUUAGGGGAAGAAGGUGGAUGAAGAGAGCUUUUGGCAAGGGGUGGUCUUGAUAACAUCUUGUCAGAGAAAGCUGAGUUGAUGGGACAAGAGGGGGGAGUUUGGAUGACCCAACAGAGUCGAUGACAGAAUGGUGCUU